GUGCGUUUCAUGACUCACGAGUUACUGCUGGGAGGAAAACUUACAGAGUUUCACACAGACGCGGUUUCAGACGCCUCAGCCGAGUCUCACUGGGUCUGCAUUUCCAACCUAAAAUAGCGGAGUGCGCUGGUUUCGUCCACCGUCCGAAGCGAACUCAACGGGGAGAGGAGAGCGAGUUAUCCCGGCUGUGCGACGCGCUCCUCGGCUGCAGGUGUCCAGAGAACCAGAACUAACCAUGAAUGAUACAGAUAAUAUGACGACACUUGCCCCCCUCCUCCCAAAAGCUGUGACACAGACAACAGAUGUGGCGACUUCAACGUCACUCCCCACAGACCCAGCCACCACCAUCAUUCAGGUGGUAACAACAGCAGUCCCGUCAGGCCCAGACUCGGCUGUCAUUGCAGUGGUUAUUGUUCUCAUCCUGCUGACGCUAGCUGCUUUGGGCUUCCUGCUUUACCGGUAUCUCUGCCACAACAAAGGAGCCUACAGGACGACAGGGGAGCUGGCUCCAGGAGAGGACCCUGACGAGGACUACGGUAACCAGGCUGUGAGCGAAAAGAAGGAAUACUUCAUAUGAACCUGGUGGAAAAGUUGUCAGGAGUCAGCGUCGCCUGAGAAGGAAAAAGGAUCUGCGGAAGAAUGAUAAGAAAUGGGACUGGGUUUUUUUUUUUCUGUAUUUUGAGGGAAGCCCGCUCAUGGCUGCACACUGUUAAAGAGGAAAACCUUGUUUAAGAUGUUAUCUGAAAAGCACAAGCAAAACCAAAGAUAGACUGUGGGAGUGAACAUUGAUGGACGUGUAGCAGGUGAAAGACAACAGGUGUGUGCAGAUCAGCAGAGCUGGGCACGAAACAGGUGGUGGGAUUUUAAAAUGUCCACGGUUACAGAUCAGGAAAUACUCAGCAACAAUGUAAAUGUAAGAGGAGCUUGUCUGCGACACUAUUUAUCAGCCAUAUUUCUCUUUUUAGUAUUUGAAAUGCAUUUUUUCAUUCAGACAUACUGUAUGUUUUUUUCUAAACAAGCCUUGUACAAGCAUGUUGUGGUGCUAUUGUGGGCUGUUACUUUUAUAUCUAUUUGCUUUUAAAAUUAUCAAUUUUCUAUGCAGUUCUUUUAUAAGCUAGCCAAAAACAAUGUCCUCUUUGUUUUAGGACAGCUGAAUGUUAUAUUGGUUGUAUUUGCACCAGGUAUUGUUGUGUGUAAUUCCCCACCAGACAUGGUUACAGAUGACUUCCUCAUUUGAAAUAAAUACGAAAGGCAAUAAAACUUUUUUUUGGAUAGAGUCAA